CGCCAGCAAAAACGUCUUAGUGGCCCUUGGAGACUUGAAGAGCCGAAGGGAAGGGUGCUAGCCGAUGCCUAUUUGAGGCACCUCUAAGUCGGAUCCCAGCACCGGGCGAAGCAAUCCGGGAUGAUCCCCAUCCAGCCAUGUCACUUUGCCCCAGGGCAUCGCAUAAUUUAGUGGAGAACAACGCCGAAAUUCUGAACGUCGUUCGACCUGCAGAGGCCUGUCAUCCUUUGGCCGCUAGCAACCUCGGUCCACAAAGCGUGGAAAAACACUCACUUAUUGUGGACUUUCUCUUCCUUUCUCGCUUGGGAAACGAGGCGAUCAACAUUGCGGCGAGCAAUGGCAGCGACUGAAGUACGAAAUAAUACAGCAACAUGCAUACAUAGACAGGAGAUAGACCAGGGGCCUGCCUGACAUCCCUCGUGGCAUCGAAGAAUUUACCUCUUUUGUGAACCUUGCAGGUCUAUCAGAUAUCCUUUCCUGUCAGUCCACCCACUCGCUCGCCUCUCCUGUGGAUGAUCGAGUUCCCUUUUUGGUUGCAUAUCUCGUUUGACAUAUAUGCGGCCCUCUUCUUGGCCGCCGUUUUAGGAAUGAAGCAAUGGCGGCCGAACGGAGAGUUCCAUCAGACCCUCGCAUAGUGUUCACCAUCCUCGCAUGUGUUUAACCAAGAACACACGUUCUUUCCUCCCCAGUUUUCCUAGCUUUUCGUCAUUCCCACGUUGUCCAGGGGCUCGUCUCUUAGCAGGCUUCACGUUGUUUUCAGGGGCCAGGGCUAUAGGACGGCAGUUUCUUGCAGAAGGAUUCUGCCCAUCCUUUUAGUCGGUGCCUGGGCAGAAUAAAGUGAUCCAGUUGCCCUGCUUCUGUUUAUGGAGUCCUCUUGCGAAGCGAUUCCGUUCGGAGUGAAGAGAGAUUGAUGAAUGCGCGUUGACCCGUCCCCUUCCCUUGGUAGUUGACCAGACCCUCCUUCUUUCUUUUGUUCGCAGCUAUCAGGCUGGACCCUCCCAACCCCGAUUCCCGAGAAUUUGGUUGUCUCUUCCCCGCGGCAUCUGUAGAAUUACUCAACACAUCGCCGCAGUGAGGUGAAAGGCGCUUUACUCACGAAAACAUGUCGACCGACUCAGGUCCGUCACCGUUGCCCGGGCUUCCUGGAUACGACCCUCAGAACAUUCAGCCAUGGACCGUCGAAGUUGUGGUUUCGGUGACGGUCCUCGCAGUACUCGCCGUUAUUCUCCGCCUGAUCAGUCGUCAAACGAAGGGUCAGAAGCUGUGGUGGGAUGAUUACUUGAUUGUCUGGUCGAUGUUAUGGAACCUUGUUGUUGUUGGCUUCAUCUUCGCGAUGCACUCGGUGGGCAUGGGCCUCCACGCAGACAAGGUCGGCGUCGACAAUAUCGUGUUGAUGGCCAAGUAUCUCGUCGUCGCAGAGAUUCUUUACGCCUGGAAUCUGGGCUGGACCAAGCUCAGCUUGAUGUUGAUGUACUACCGCAUCUUCCACAUCCCAUUCUUCAAGAAGAUGACGUGGUUCGUCAUCUCCUUUGUCUUCGCCUGGGUCAUUUGCAUCACCUUCCUCUUCAUCUUUAUUUGCGUCCCUGUCGAGAAGCUGUGGUAUCCCGACAUCCCGGGCAGAUGCAUCAACCAAGUUGCAACCUGGAUCGCCAACGCAGCCUCGACUAUCUUCACCGAUCUUCUCAUCUUGUUGCUGCCUCUUCCUCAGGUGUGGAAGCUGCAACUGCAAAAGGCUGAGAAGAUUGCCUUGACCUUCGCCUUUGGUCUCGGUUUCUUCGUUGUCUUCACCUCGGCAUACCGAACGAGCGUCCUCUUCACCUACAGUGGCACCGACCCGAGCUACACUCUCGCCCCAACAGUCGGCUGGACCGCCAUCGAAAUGUCCGCUGGCAUUGUCUCCGCCUGCCUACCUACUAUCCGUCCCGCCGUGCAGCGCAUCGUUCGAGCCUGCGGUUUCAAGGGCAGCAUGGGCGGCAUGUUCCGCAGCACGACGGCAUUGGGCUUCGGCUCCAGCAAAAACAAGUCCAACUUCAGCAACGGCAUGUCCUCGCAGGAUCCCCACACGACCAAUGGCGGCUCACAAAUCGCCCGCAAUCUCUCGACGACCAAGCACGGCGCCGGCGAAGAUGCCUUUUAUCGGUUGCCAGACGACAACGGAUCCGAGGGCACUAGUCGUCAGCCUACACCACCUUUGGAGGACUCAAAGCUGAGACCAGACACCACUGGAUUUGGGUACUCAGUCUCGAGUUAUCCCGUCAAGGAGAGAGAUGACAAGAGCGAGGACGAAAUUCCCCUUCACGCCAUUCGAGUACAGAGAGACUUCAAGCAUACGACGGAACGAAGUUAAGGGAGGAUUGGAUCAAGUGUAUGAGGCGCUAUAAAUAAGGAAUCUCGGGUGAAAAUGAUGAUGGGAUUUCCGUCGACAUCUAGUGUUGGCCCUUACCAAUCUCUUAAUUUUGGUGUACGAGUGGCUGUCGAUGGUCAAGGGUUAUGUGAUGGCGUUGGAUAGGAGUAAAGGAAAAUCAACCCAAAAGUCGGCUGCUAAGGUAGUCCACAAAGGAAAGCAGAAAGUAACGAGCUACGUCAGGAACGUAACAUGGCGACAAUGCGCCAAUCCUGUGGUGGCAAAAGUCAUCUAUUGAGUCCAUAAUAAUUCAUAUUGAAUAUUCCUAUCGA